UUCCAGUCACGAAUUCAAAAAGUUAUGAAAUAAAAUACUCCACAUGCUGCAAUUGUUAACCAAAAACUUUAUGCGUAUUAGAAGUAAAAAAUGAAUUAUUGUGCAAUAUAUUUAUCCAGGUAAUAAAAACAUAUUUGGGGCAGCACUUGACAUUUCUGAUGAAAUCACAGGCGGUAGGUGGCUUUUCUAAUAGUUUUUCUGCACACCCACCGGCCAUGCCGUUUUUCGCAAUGGCGGUUUAGAUACAUGAUAACGAGAGAUCGUAACAUUUAUUCAUCAAAAAAGACCUAAUGGAUAAUCAGAUUGGGGGUGUUGAAGUGCAAGGAGGUAUAUCAAUGGUUGAAUCUUCAAGUAUUGCUGAUCUUAAUGACAUUCCUGAUUUAGAAGUUUCUGAAUCUACCAGUCUUAGUCCACUUACUUCAUCUCUAGAUCACAAUCUUAUAAUUCAAGAAGAUAAUGUACCUUCAACGGAUGUAAAUAUGGGCAUUGCAAAUAGAUGGAACGAAGCAAAUCCUCAAACAGGAGCGAUUCCUCUUCCUCCUCCAUUGUCUUUAGAUGAUUUUUCUGAUGUUGGUGCUGAUCCAGUUGGAAGUAUUCCACUAGAUGAAGGUCCAGAACAUGGGCCUUUUUUACCUCCCCAAACGUUUAAUAAUCUUUUCACUGAUUCUUCAGACAUUCAAGAAGAGUCUGGUGUAGAAACGGCAACUUUAGCUGGUGUAUGUGGACUCAAAAACCUUGGAAAUACUUGUUUUAUGGCUGCUGGCUUGCAAUGCUUAACAGCCACUCCUCCAGUGAUGGAAUAUUUUUUAUCAAUGCAACAAAAUGAUGACAAAUUAAUACCUUUUGGAUCACUUAUGGCAAAUUUUAGUUCACUUCUCAGUAAAAUGUGGUCUGGCAGGUAUAGUGUGGUAAAACCUAUUGAAUUUAAACAAACAUUAGGUGCUCAUCACUCGCAAUUCAAGGAUUAUCGACAGCAUGAUUGUCAAGAAUUUCUUGCAUUGCUUCUUGACUCGCUACAUGAACAAAUGAACUCCGCUAAGUCGUCUAAAAAUUGUCAAGUGUCAGAAACUAUAACCACUGCCAAUUCAGUUAAUUCCAAUAGGAAAAUUGAAAAUAACAUGUCUUCUAUAAGUACUGUUGUCACUGCCUCAAAUACCAAUGAUGAUUCUAUGGAUACAUACGAUAACUCACCGUCAUCCGAUUGUCAAAAAAGUCCGAAUGUUACAAUGCCAGGAUCACCUAAAGAGUUUGAAUUUUGGGAAGAAAUGAUUUCUGAAGUAAAUAGAUCAAUGUUUAAUGAAGAUGAAGAAACGUUAGAUUCAAAUGAAAUAAUUGAUACCAAAUCCACUUUUAUUUUUAAUAAAAUGCAUGAAAAUUCAGAUGACAAUGAAUUACCCAUUAAAUUUGCACCAGAGCCAAUAAGACUUGGAUUGGACGACAUUCUUCUCAAAGAUGCAAAAACAAGUAAUGCAAAUUUUCUAGUUACUCAACAAGAAUGUAAUAACGAAAUUUGUUAUGAUUCUCAAAAAUUUCCAAAAGAAAAUUUGCGUAGAACUGCUUUAGAUAAUUCCAAUUUAACUGAAAAUCAUGAUUUUGAUAAUAAAAGUCUGAGUAUAAAAAGAAUAAAAGAAGUUAAUGUGCAAAAAAGUAAUAGUAGUGUCAAUUGUUUAUCUAUCGAUCUUGACACAGAAUGUGGAAGUGGUUUAGAUAAGUGCAAUGUUAAAAGAAUGAAAUUAGAAGAUCAUGAAAAGAAUCAUAGGCAUAAUGGAUUUGAUUCUAGUGAUAUUCAAUGUUUAAAAACUUUACAAAACUGUGGAAAUGGUGCUUUAGCAGAACAUGAUGAAAUAGAAGCAGAUAAAUAUUGGGCAAAGCAUUUACGAUCUAAUCGAAGUGUCAUUGUAGAUACUUUUCAAGGUCAAUUUAAAAGCACGGUCGUAUGUGCGGUUUGCAAACACGUCUCAGUAACUUAUGAGCCUUUUAUGUAUCUCUCAGUUCCUUUACCACAUGCAAUGGAGCGACAACUAAAUAUUACUUUUAUACCUAUUAAUAAUGGUCCUUCGGUGAGGUGUGUUUUAUCAUUUAAUAAACAAUCUCGAAUUGGUAAACUCAAAGAAGAACUUUUAAAAACUCUUGGUAAAGAAGAUAUUAUCACCAACAAUAUUGUAUUUGCUGAAGUUUUAGAGAAUCACAUAUCAAAAAUCUUGGAUGAUAAUAUGUUGUUGAAGUGUAUUAACGACACUAAUAGAUCUAUAUAUGCCUUUGAAUUAACGGAUCCGCCUAAUGUGAGCAUAUCAAUAUCUGAGAAUAAUGGAGAUCAAACAUCUGAAUCGGAAAUAUGUCAAAAUGGAACUACUACGAGUGACGAUAUCGGACCGUGUCCUAUCUGUCUUGAAGAAACUGAUGGUGAUCUGAAGAAACACAGUAACGAUAUGUGUAGUUUUAUAAUGUGUGAACCUUGUAUUGAGAACUACUUCAAGACCCCGUCGGAACCUCGAAACUGCCCAAUGUGUAAUAAACCAGCGGAGUCUUCAUCCUUUAUGAAAAUCAAUCAAAUUGGUCGACCAAGGCCAGUUGGCCGAAUACUCAAUGUACCUUUGGUAAUGCGCCAUGACACUAACGAAGCAUCAAACAAUCGUAAGGAAACAAUAUUAUUUGGUCAUCCACAUUUAAUCCGACUGCCAUCAAGAGUUAAAGCAAAAGAUUUAUUUGAGGUACUUAAGCGAGUAGUACCUCAAGAAGGAAAUUAUACAGUUCAUUUUGUUGAUGGUCAAGGCCAUCGUUGUUCUCGUUGUAUAUAUACAUCUCAUUGCACUGGAUGCAAUGUUCCUGAAGAGGGAAUAGUAGAAAUUCGAACAAAUGAUACUUUAGCAAUACGAUAUACCGAAAAUAUACCGAAUAUUGAACCUCCAAUUGAUCACAUCAGUGUCAGUAAACAACGACCACCACAUCCGUUGUCUUUAUAUGAUUGUUUACAAGCAUUUAGUCAAAGUGAGAUGUUAGAUGAGCAUAAUCCAUGGUUUUGUCCUAAAUGUGAACAAAAUCAAUGUGCUACGAAGACGUUAACUGUUCAUCGUUAUCCCAAGUACCUCAUAGUAUAUCUUAAAAGGUUUGUGUUUUAUGAAUGUAUUAGUAUGAAAUUAGACGAUAAAGUAACAUUUCCAUUGGUUGGGCUCAGCGUAGGACAACAUUUGUAUGAUCUUUACGCUUGUGUUUGUCAUUAUGGAGGCGUUUCUGCAGGGCAUUAUACUGCAUAUGCAAGAAAUCCAAAUACGGGUAUUUGGUAUUAUUAUAAUGAUGAAUUCACGAACAAACAAAAACCGCAAGAAGAAGACUUUAGUAAUGCGUAUAUUUUAUUCUAUUGUCGACAAGAUGUCAACACAAAACCAUGUAAUUUAUAAAUCAUUUAGCUCGAGAGCAACGAAAACGUAAUGUAAUAAGAAUUCAAUAUCAAACUGCGUUGAUUCAGGCGAAUUAUAUCUAAGUAACGUAUUUUUAAAACUAAAAUAAAAUUUCAAAUAUGAGAAUUAUAAAUAAAACAAAAUAAAUCAAAGAAGAACAAUUGUAAUAAA